AAUGAAAAAAAUGAAAAAAUUAAAACCAAGUGUCAUCCCCUCUUUCUAAGAAGACUGUUACAAAGAAAGAGAGCAGAGAGAAAAGCUCUUCAGAUCUACUAGUUUCUUUUUUGUUAUCUUCUUCUUCUCGAUUAUCUAAAAACUCAGCUCCCCGAGUUUGCCACGGUCCAAACUUCUUUGAGACUCAGUUGAACUCGGUUGCUAAAGCUUGCAUUUGAUCAAAACCAUAUCAAAUCUCAUCUCUCUGUUUCUACUCUGUUUUUGCUCUGUUUUUUUUGAGCCAAUGAGCUGAAAGCUCGGUGCUUGAUCGCUUUGUUUGCAUCGGUCUGGUCUGUUUCUUGUAGAAUCGGUAUGUCCCGGCGGUUUUCACCGGAGCUCCGGUGAGUUCCGGUGAGAGUUCUGGCGAAAGCUUGUGUUUGUUUUUACUAGAACAGUAAAAUGUUCAAGUCGGCGAGAUGGAGGAGCGAGAAGAACAGGAUCAAAGCGGUUUACAAAUUGCAGUUCCAUGCAACUCAGGUGCCACAAUUGGGUGUCGAUGCAUUGGCAAUAUCUGUGAUUCCGGCAGAUGUGGGAAAGCCAACUUUGAAGUUGGAUAAGGCUACGAUUCAAAAUGGGACCUGUCGGUGGGAAAAUCCCGUCUAUGAAACAGUUAAAUUCUUCAGGGAACCAAGAACCGGGAAGAUCAGUGAGAGAAUAUACCACUUCAUUGUUUCAACUGGAUCUGAGAAAGCUGGUGUGCUUGGGGAGAUCUCAAUUGAUUUUGCUGAUUAUGCUGAGGCUAAUAAGGCUUCGACUAUAUCUCUUCCUCUUAAGAAUUCAAAGUCAAAUGCAGUUUUGCAUGUUUUGAUUCAAAGGCUUCAGGCAAAUGUUGAUCAGAGAGAUGUGGAAGAGUUUGAGGAUAUAAAAGUUAAACCCCAUGAAAGGACCUUAAGGACCCACUUAAGCAAUGGUGACUCAGACGAUAACAUUAUGACUGAUGGCCCAAUCAAUAAAACUUCCCACAUUGCUGAAUUGAAUGGUAACCACAGAGCAUCCAGUGGAUCUGACAUUACAUUGUCAAGUUCGGACAGCAGCUCUGGACUUAAUACUCCACGAGAAAAUGGAGUGAGAAACUUUAAUGUCCAUCAGGAACCUUCUAGCUAUCUUCUGGUGCCUCAUAGACCAGCAGUAUACAGCUCAACGAUCCAUGAAGAGAAUCAAGGAUCACAAUGGGAGUGGUCUGGAGAUUCGGAUCAUGGAGUAAGUACAGAUGAUUCAACAAAUGAUUCACACAACACCCUUCUAAGAGAAGGGUCUCAACAAGCUUCUGAUAUUGAGAUUGAAAGGCUCAAGGCUGAGCUUGCUGCUUAUGCUAGACAAGUAGAUGUUUCAGAGUUGGAAUUGCAAACUCUACGGAAACAGAUAGUAAAAGAAAGCAAAAGGGGGCAGGAUCUCUCUAAAGAAGUCAUUGGAUUGAAAGAGGAAAGAAAUGCACUCAAAGAAGAAUGUGAGAGGCUUAAAUCCUUUAAAAAUCGUAUUGAUGAUGCGAAAUUUAGAAACAGAUUGCAGGUGGAAGGUGGGGACCUCCGGUCUCUUCUUGAAGAAAUCAGACAAGAAUUGAAUUAUGAGAAGGACCUGAAUGCCAAUCUAAGGUUACAGCUUCAGAAGACGCAGGAAUCGAAUGCUGAGCUGAUGCUUGCUGUAGGAGACCUAGAGGAAAUGUUGGAGCAGAAGAAUGGGGAAAUAUCCAAUCUAACAGAAUCCAAGGAGGAUGCCAUAGAGUCCAAGAAAACAUUUGCAAAAUGCAAGAAAGACGAGGAUGAAGAGCAAAAGGCGCUGGAGGAACUAGUCAAGGAGCACAGAAAUACUAAUGAAACAUCUUUGAUGGAGCAGAGAAUCAUAGACCUCUAUAGCCAAAUCGAGAUCUAUAGAAGAGACAAAGAUGAGCUCGAGAUGCAGAUGGAGCAGCUUGCACUUGACUAUGAGAUAUUGAAGCAGGAAAACCACGAUAUCUCAUAUAAACUAGAACAAAGCCAACUUCAAGAACAGCUGAAGAUGCAGUAUGAAUGCUCAUCUCCCUUAAAUGAACUUGAAUCCCAUAUUGAGAACUUGGAAAAAGAGCUCAGUAUGCAGUCCAAAGAAUUUUCUGAUUCUUUGGUUACCAUAAAAAAACUUGAGUCCCAUAGUGAGAACUUGGAAAAAGAGCUCAGUAUGCGGUCGAAAGAAUUUUCUGAUUCAUUGGUUACCAUAAAAGAACUUGAGUCGCAUAUCAAAAGUUUGGAGGAGGAAUUAGAGAAGCAGGCACAAGGGUUUGAAGCUGAUCUUGAAGCUCUUACAAAUGCCAAAGUUGAGCAAGAGCAAAGAGCAAUUCGAGCAGAGGAAGCAUUAAGAAAGACGAGAUGGAAAAAUGCUAAUACAGCUGAAAAACUGCAGGAAGAAUUUAGAAGGCUCUCCAUGCAAAUGGCAUCAACAUUUGAUGCAAAUGAGAAGGUGGCUAUGAAAGCGAUGGCUGAAGCUGGUGAGCUGCGCGUGCAGAAAAGCCAACUAGAGGACACACUCCAGAAAACUAAGGAAGAGCUCGAGGGAGUUAGGGAUGAAUAUGAAGCAAAAUUGCUAGAGCUUUCCAAUCAAAUAGAUGAGAAAACCAGUCAGAUGGAACAGAUGUCAUUGGAAAUUGCCAAUAAGUCCGAGCAGCUUGAACAUCAAAUGAAGCAGAAGGAAGAAAUCACUGGGGCUCUCUCGCAGGAGAUCUUACAGCUCAAAGCUGAGAUUGAGAGAAUUACGGCAAAGAACAAUUGCAUUUCUGAGCUAUCAAAACAAAACAAAAAUUUGACGGCUCAGUUAGAAGACAUGGAGAGCAAUGUUAAGAAGACUGAGAUGCUGCUACAGAAAGGAGACAUGGAAAGAAAUGAGUUGGUAAGUACAAUUGCUUUGGUGAAGAAGGAAGCAGAGAAGUCAUUGGAGGAGUUGAAUAGAUUGAGGCACCUCAAAGAUGAAAAGGAGGCCAAAAUCGAACUCUUACAAUCUGAGUUGGAAAAACUUAAAACUCAAUAUGAUGACUUGAAACAUUCUUUGUUUGAGGAUGAGGCAGAGAAAGAAAAACUUAGAAAGCAGGUAUUCCAGCUGAAGAGUGAUCUGAAAAAGAAAGAAGAUGCUUUAACCAGCAUUGAGAAGAAGCACAAGGAUAGCAAUGGACGUGCAGCAAUUUCUGAUGGAACUAAAACUGCUCUGAAAAAUAACAAAUCUGUCCCAGUUGUUCGCGGUCCAAAAGAAGUUAUUAAUCUGAAGGAGAAAAUAAAAUUGCUCGAGGGACAGAUAAAAUUGAAAGAAGCUGCAUUGGAAACCUCAGCUACUUCAUUUUUACAGAAGGAAAAGGAUCUCCAGAACAAAAUCGAAGAGCUAGAGAGUCGAGUGGAGGAACUCAAUCAGAAUAGUGCAUUUCAACAGGUAACUCCAAAUAAUGACAUUCUUGAAGAAAUGAGAAGCGCAUCCGAACAUUUGAGCACUACAGAAUUCCCGUGCAAAGAUAAUGGGAAUACAAUCUCAUUAACCAAGAGUAAUGAGGUUUCAGAAGAGGAAGGUUCGAAGGCCUCCACUUUAGAUGACGGAAACAGCAAACACGAUGAUUUACUUAACGAGUUAGAAUUGCUGAAGGAGAGGAACAACUCAAUGGAAUGUGAGCUAAAGGAGAUGCAACAGAGAUAUUCAGAAAUAAGUCUCAAAUUUGCUGAAGUUGAAGGUGAAAGACAAAAGCUCGUAAUGACAGUUCGCUACCUAAAAAAUUCCAGGAAGAACUAAUAACUCUUUCAUGAUACACUAGAAAUCUAUAUACCAUGUAUAGUUGAAUCAACUGGGUUUAUAUACCCACAUGGAAAUCCCAAAUGUGAAGUUCCAUUGGAGUCAAAUAAAUUAGUAUGCAAAAGGGAAAAAUAUGCUUUUUUCUUUUUCUUUUCUUUUCUUUUUUUUUUUUCCUCCUUCCUGCAAAUGCUAUAUAUCUGCCCAAUUACAGGUUUACCUAGUUCUCAAUUGCAGUACAUGUUGUUCAGUUGUCCAGUCCAUGCUCUUUUUGUAAUUGUUUUUUGAAGAGCUUGUUAUUAUAUGUGAAACUAAAAUCAUUAAUAUAUUCUUUUAUUUUCAUA